AUGAGCUCGCCACCACCGCUGCAUGCUGAACACUGUUGUGUAACGAUCUGUCACCACCACCUUGAAUGUGCCCCCUCUGUCCCCUUCUGCCCCUCUGCUCCCCUCUGCCCCUCUCUUCUCCCCUCUGCCCCUCUCUGCUCCUCCUUGCCCCUCUCUGCUCCCCUCUGCCCCCUUUAUCCCCCUCUACCCCCCACUGUCCCCUCCUCCCCUCCACCCCAACCCCACCCCACCCUCCCACUUUCCACUGCAUCACGUGCAGGCAGUUGCAUGGCAACUCGUUCACAGGAUCCGUCCCAGCGACCAUCGGACAGCUCACGAAUCUCCUCGUCCUGUCCGUACCCAAUCCACCCACCAGCACCGACCCGACCAGCCUCUCUGUUUGUCCGUCCGUUGCUCACCUUUCUCCGUUCCGAUCACCAGCAGCAGCAGCAGCAGCAGCAGCAGCAGCAGCAGCACACCACUAUCGUGCUACCAGAAACCAGUACCCUGUCUCUUCAAGGCAACAAGCUCACAGCCAUUCCUGACUCUCUAGGCGACCUGACUCAGCUCAGAGAGCUCAAUUUGGCGAGAAACGAAAUAGCCGGCACUGUACCAGCAUCACUUAGCAAGCUGCAGGCUCUAAACCAACUGUCCAUGGGCUCAAACCAGCUCUUUGGGUCCCUCCCAGCGGGCCUCUCGUCAUUGGCCCUGCUCACGUUGCUGGACGUCUCGAGCAACUAUCUCACAGGGCCCAUGGUGGAUCGCUCGAGCAUGCCCGGCGGCACGCGGCACGACUACAGCAACAACUACAUGACAGGAGCGCUGCAGCAAGCCCAGUGCAACUCAGGCGAUCUUCAACUCCGCAUCAACUGCUUCUCCACUGCUGCAGCGGUCUCGUGUGCGCCGCAGCGGCCCGUAGCAGUGUGCGAGGCGUUUUGCGGGCUGGUUGUGAGUAGCCCCACCACGCCGGUUUGUUCCGGCCUGGGAGUCUGCUAUUUGGAAGGGCCGAGCCAGGUUCCCACGUGCCUGUGUCUGAAUGGAGCCGUGCAGGAUGGACGGAUCUACUGCGCCCCUCCAGGGUCCGUUGGGAGAAAAGAGCUGGUGGAGCCAACCUUUCUCACCAAGGGCGUAGUAGCAGCGACAGCAGGCGUGUUCACUGCGGACACUCUCACCCUCUUCUCGUACCGAACGGUUUCCACCGGCUGUGGCACCGACCUGCCAUUCCGAGUCGAGUUCACAUUCUUCAUGCUCCCUACCUCACCAACGUAUAAGGGAGCCAACGGGCUGGCAUUUGUGAUUUCGGCGACGAAUGCGGCCGGGACUGGCGGGGAGGGGGGAGGGGUGGGGUACGCUGGCAUGGACGCUCGGAGCAUUGCUGUGGAGUUUGACACGUUCACAGAUGCAGCGCAUGGGGACAUGCAGGGAGAUCAUGUGGGGAUUAACACCAGAGGCAGCGCCACUUCCAUCAAGGCCGUCCGAUCGCCCUUCCGUCUCAACAACCAGAAGGCCUACACGGCAUGGAUUGACUACAAGCCGGGAAGCCCCGGAGGCCCAGGAACGCUGAGUGUGUAUCUCGCUGGGGAUGAUGUGAAGCCAGAUGUGCCUCUAAUGGAGAGCCCUCUGUCGCUGUGUGACGUGCUGCAGCCGACGCCGGCUAACAGGUUCUUCUACUUUGGGUUUGUGGCGUCCUCUGUGGCUCCCUUCCAGCAGCAGCACGCCAUCCUGGUCUCCUUCGUUGAAACAGGGUUGACUUUCCCCACAUCCCGGCCAGUGACCAUCACUCCAGCCUAUGGAUUGGCGGUUUCGGCAGCAACGUUCCGCCCAGCAAAGGCGAGUCCGUUCACGCGGUACGUGAGUGCGGCCUACUCGCUCACGCAGUCGGGGCAGCAGGACGCCUGGCUCCUCCGCGACCCCUCCUCCUGGGAUGUGCCGUGGCUCGCCUGGCCCGUCAAGGACCAGGACGCCUGCAAUGCGUGCUGGGCGUUCGCAGUGGUGGCGAGCAUAGAAGCAGCAUACGGCAUCGCAACAAAGAAACCCGCGCCACAACUCUCAGUGGACUCGCUCUUUGCAGCCAUGGGGCUCACCACAGAAGAAGGGAAGUGCGCCGACGGGGGUUCCCCAACAGAAGCCUUCGAGAAGCUCUUGACUUUACCCAAAGGAGGACUCACUCUCACUACCAAUGCCACAUACUAUCCCAUCCAAGGCUUCGAGCGCACGCGGUUCAAGGGGUAUGUGGGGCUCAUGCUGGCAGUGCAGGGGCAGCCAGUGGUGGUUCAUAUUCAGGCAUCUGCUCCCACGUUCGCCGCUUAUGACGGGACGUACAAGUACCAGGACCCAGCGUGCUACACGGGCGAGCUGAACCACGUGGUGCUUGUUGUUGGCUACUCCGUGGCCGUGGGGGACAGCGUGCAGAAGCGUAUUCCCCCUCCGUUUUGGAUCAUCCGCAACUCGUGGGGAACGGAAUGGGGCUAUAAUGGGCACAUGCGCAUGGACAUUCAGGGAUUAGAUGGCGUGUGUGGCAUCAACGUGCUGCCUGGCAUCUACCCCAUUAUCAAAAUGGACGUGUGUGGGUCGCAAUUGAAGAACCCCUGUGCCGCGGGCACUUGCAUCAACAAUGGCAACGGCUCCUACUCCUGCAUCUGCCCUCCCAACCACGUUUCCACCCAAACCGUCGACGGCUUUCCAACCUGCGACCCAGCUGACAGCAUUGCCACCAGCUUGGCAGUGAGCGGCAGCAACUGGGGCUGCUCCGACGUUCACCCCCUCAUGGGCCUCACCAUUGCUGAGUUCAUGCAGCAGAACCCGGCUCUUGACUGCUCGAAGCUGCUGCUACUGAAUGCGGUGCUUCAGCUUGGCGGCUCUCCUGUCGUCCCCUGCACUGCCUUCUUCUACGCCCUCUCUGGCGACACGUGUGAUUCCAUCGCCACCUUGCUCAAUCGAUCCCAGUCCGACCUCCUCGCUCUCAACCCCGGGCUGAGCUGCGAGCAGGGCAUCAAGGCGGGGCGCUCCGUGUGCGUUGAGCGCAGCGCCACAUUCGCCUUCACCGUCCCCGAGUGCCUCAAGUUCACCACGCUCACAGUGAAGGACACGUGUGCGCAGCUGCUGGCAAGGACAGGAGAAUCGGGAGUAGUGGGGGCGUCUGCUUGGGACGAGCUCUACCGCAACAACCCCGGCCUCGUCUGCUCCAACACCGUCUCGACAAGUACCUCUGCUCUUGGCAGCAGCGGUGACGUCCAGGUGUGUCUCAAGGCGGACUACUGGUCGUUUACACUCGGUCGGUGCAACAAAGGCCGCUCCAAGUCAGUGUCGCCAUCGCUGACUUGUUCAGGCACUUACACAUUCUAUGGCGGCACCGCGAGCGAAGCAGCUGCCAUGUUUUCUGACUACAACGGCAACGCCUGUGCGAGGAAUGUUGGAUCCAAGUACAUCUGCGUGCCACGCUAG